AUCGCUGAAUGGAUUCAUGCUCUUUUUUGGGGCGGAAUGGAAUCGGGAGGGCAAAUCUCACUUAUGAAAAGAAGCCGAUAAAAUAACGUGCUCAACACAUUUUUCAUUUCUUAAAAAAGUUUUGAAAUACUUGUUGCAGUUAUUUUAGUUUUUGAAAAAAGACGAGUAAAGAUGUACUCCGCGAUGGAGUAUGGUUACGGGAUGAGAAAGCGGCCCGUCGAAGAGGUCACGUUUUACCGGCAGAACAAGAAAGGGAAACCUUUAAAGAUAUCACGAGAAAAAUACCUUCGAACAGAUAUUUGUUGUGGGGUGAAUGGAUGUAAAAAAUGCAUCGCGACGGACCGGUCUUUAUGUCGAUUGGAAAUUGCUCCUGCCAUCAAUUCGAAAAAGUUUGACUUUAAACAUUUCAUAUUGCCAGAUGCCGGUUUCAUUAUUCGACAGACGGACGUUCUGGACGACUUGGAUAAUGUGAUCCUUCUUCAAAGCGUGAUGGAAGAAGUCUACAAGAGAAAUGUGACAAAGUACAAGCGCAUUCGAAAUGGGGUGAAGACCAAGUCCUGGACCUACUUUUUGAACGAACAUAGCAAGGACACAUUUGUCAAUCGAAAACCAAAUGAAACAACGGAUGAAAGGAAUACCCGAGAAUUUGUCCAAUGUUAUAAAUAUUUCACCGAACACUUGGCAUCCUUUGGGAUUAAAGUAAUCAUUUUCAGUGAUAACCCUGCCUUUCGAGAAGAGGUGGAGAAAAUUCAUGGGGGUGACGUUCUCCUGGCCUCGGCCGAAGAGUACGUACUAACAAUGACAGAUAAGUUCAAGGAUCUCAUGGAUCGACUCUGUCUCAUCCCGUACAAUGAGGAUGAAGCCGUAAAGAAGUAUCAAGACUUCACAUAUCCACCUCACUUUGAUUCAAACCUUCUCCAGGCUGGGAUAAAAUCUGGGAAAUAUUAUCAAGGAGCCUUCCGCAGCUUUAAUUUCUUUGAAGGAUUCGUCCGCAUUGAGGAUGAUGCUUCUGCAGCGAACGCAAAGUCAGGACCACGUAAACAGAAGGACGACUUGGCCUACAACGAGAUCCUUUUGCAGGGCUUGGAAAAUGUAAACCGAGCCUGCGAAGGGGACAUUGUUGUGAUUGAAGUCCUCCCCGAAGACAAGUGGUCCAUCCCGUCUGGCAUGGUCACCGUCGACGCGAUCGAGAAGGAAUCUCCUCUCGUGGCGGAUAAGGUCGUUCUUGAAAAUGUGGAGACCGACGUGGACGUUCAAGAACAUGAGGAUCGUCUCGAAGAAGAGGAAAUUUUCGCCGCUGUGGCCGAAAGUGUGAAGAAUGUGGGGGAGAAGAAGCGGCAGCGAACGGGACGCGUGAUUGGAAUAAUUCGGCGAAAGUGGCUCCCCAUUUGUGGCAUGAUUAGAAAGAGUUUGAAAGAAGGGACCAGUUUCCACUACUUUUUCCCAGACAAUAAGAAAAUGCCUAAAGUGAGGAUAGAAACGAGAAACGUGGACAGGUUUGAGGGGCAGAAAAUUGUCGCUCAGAUUGACCAGUGGCCUAUCUCUUCUCGGUUUCCCGUGGGACAUUACAUCAAAAUCUUGGGACCCGCGGGGACUAUCGAGACGGAAACUUCUGCAAUUCUCCACGAGCACGGGAUCCCUCACGACCCAUUUUCUAAAGCUGUUGAAGCCUGUUUGCCCCAAAUGCCGUGGACAAUUGAUCCUAGUGAGUACGCAAAACGGAAGGAUUUCCGAGAUAUCAUCGUCUGCUCGGUGGACCCUCCAGGAUGCACAGAUAUUGACGAUGCCCUUCACUGCCGACGACUUGAUGAUGGCAUGUACGAAGUUGGUGUGCACAUUGCCGACGUGUCAUACUUUGUGCAACCGAAUAACGCACUCGACGAUGAAGCUGCCAAGCGGGGGACCACGGUGUAUCUUGCUGAUCGUAGGAUUGACAUGAUUCCGCCUCUGAUCAGCUCCAACUUGGCCUCUCUUCACUCUGGGACGGACAAACUCGUGUUUUCCUGCAUUUGGACAAUGACACCGAGCGCGGACAUCUUGGACACGAAAUUUUACAAGGGCAUCAUGAAUUCCAAGUCUGCCAUGACAUAUGCCGAGGCGCAGGCGCGGCUCAAUUCUAAAACUACCGGAGAUCCCAUAACGGACUCGCUGCGAGGGUUGAGCACUUUGGCACAGAUUCUCAAAAAGAAGCGAUUUGAUAACGGCGCAUUAAUGCUCUCCGCCAGCGAGGUGAAUGAAGAAGGCGAAAUUGAAGACGACUGUGAAGAGUCACACUCGCUUGUCGAGGAAUUUAUGUUGCUCGCGAAUUGUUCCGUGGCUAAGUUCACGUUGGAAACUUUUCGCGAGUUUUCUCUCCUUCGUCGCCAUCCGAUCCCACCACCAGCCAAUUUUGAACCACUGCAACUCGCCGCAAAAGCUCACGGCAUUAAGAUCGUGGUGGACGAGGGUUCGAAAGCUCUUAACGAGUCCCUCGAACGUCAACCAGCCGAGUUGAAAAGUAUUUUACGAGUUUUAACGACACGAUGUAUGACGCAAGCUUUGUACUGCUGUUCCGGUACGACGCCUCCCGACGAGUAUCCUCAUUUCGGUCUGGCUGCAAAGCUCUACACCCAUUUUACAUCGCCCAUUCGAAGAUAUGCCGACUUGAUGGUGCAUCGCCUGCUCGCCAUAGCUAUUGAGGUGGACCGUCCCAAUCCUAGAAUUCUGGAUUCUCAAAGGAUGCAUGGAAUCGCGGAGAAUAUUAAUUUGCGACAUCGAAUGGCACAGUAUGCAUCCCGAGCGUCGUACAAUAUCCACAAAUCGAAAACUCUGAAGGGGAAGAAUGAAGAGGAGCACACCGGUUUUGUUCUGUUCGUUAAGCGGAACGCGUUGCAAGUCUUUGUCCCUCGCUACGCCAUGGAAGGCUUCAUCUUUUUCCCGAAGGAUAUGCAAUACAACUAUAACGAAAAGGAUGGCGAAAUUACGAUUGGAAGUACAAAAUUCCGCUCCCUGGACCGACUCACGAUCGGGCUCUCCCUCGAAGAAGAAAAAGACCGAGUUGUUUUCCGCCUUUUGAAACCCGAGGUGGCCGGACUGAGUGAUAAACCUGCAUCUUCAACCAAAUAACUUAUCCUUAAAAUAGUUAAACCAUUAUUAUUACCUAUCUUUUUAUUGUAUUUUUGUAUCGCAUAGUUCAUUUGCAUACACAAAACAUUAGUGAUUUGGUCAACUAAAGAUAGGAUUUUUUGUAUCCGUAUAUAUAAAAUUGUUUUUACUGGAAAACAUGUCUCAACUUAUUAUAAUUUA